AUGAUGGAGGAGUCGAAGCUGACACAUUUCCAGAGGCGAUACCUGAUGGACUGUGUGAAACGAGGAGAUACCCUGCCCCUCCAGUGCCAACCCACAUCCACCAAAGAGCCAGCACCUGCAGCACCUGCUUUCCCCCCAGCAGUUUGUCAGCCAUGCAGGCUUUCAGCUAAACCGCAUCUCCGACCUGCCAACGUCUGCCAGGCAGGAGAUGCCUACACCCGAGAGAAAUUCAAGCCACGGGCAAGGCGAGAUUUGGAAAAGGAGAAGCAAAGACUCCAAAACAUCUUAGCAACAGGGAAGGAUGUGGUGGAGCACAAAGUAAAGCAGAUGCUAGUUCAGACAAAGGAAGAGGAGAUACCUGAGCCCAACCGGUUUGAAGAACUGGUGAAUGAAGUUCAGGAGAGGAAGGAGUUCCUGGCAGAGAUGGAAGCUUUAGGACAGGGCAAGAAGUAUCGAAGGAUUGUCCUCACUGAAAUCUCACAGAAAAUGCGUGAGAUGGAGAUCAUUGACAAGAAGAGAAGUGAGGAAAUGAGAGAGAUCAUGACAAAAGACAUCUUCCCUGCUGGGGACAAAUCCGAUCCCCAUGACUAG